AUGCCACUCAACCGCAUCAUCAUCGUCAUCAUCCGUCAGUUGAAAGGGGGGGGUGCCGGAGUCUGGAAGCUGCGGAGCCCUGCGCUUGGCUUGGCUGGCCCUUUCGCUCAGCCCCCCGUCACAUCCACAUCUACACUCACAUUGACAUUGACAUUCAGUCACUGUCCAUGCCAUUGGAAACGCCUCGUCGCCGCGAUAACUGACACUUGGCUUGGUCUCCUCCCCACCAACCACGCAGAUGCUACUGCUCUGGGCAAGGCGCCGGCGCUGGUCGUCGCCAUUCGGUACCGGGCUGUUGGCGACGGAGCCGCCGCUCGCGUGCGCUGGAUCUCUGGGGCCCCGCCCGCUGCGCUGGUACCGGUGGCCACUGAGUUACAGGUCGGCGACCGCUAA